AUGCGCAAUGUCUCUCUUCCGCGCAACGAAGGAUCUUCUACCUCCACUUCUCAAAUCGUUACUAUUAAAAGUGACAACUCCCUGUUCCCAGCCGGCAUCACCCUGAUUGAGACCAAUUAUGCCUUAUGGUCUCAAGUGAUGGAGAAGCCUAUUGCUACUCGCGAAAAAUUGGGUUACCUAACUAGUGACACUCCAAAGCCUCUUGAGCUCUCGUUCACCUACAACAAAUGGUGUACCGAGAAAUUUUGGGUCAAGAUGUGGUUAAUCGACUCCACGCCCCCCGACUUGAUGAGCCUUUUCACUUGGUUAAGUACUGCCAAAGAAAUCUGGGUUGCUGUCAAGAAGACCUACUAUGAUGGUGGUGAUGAAACUUACCUUUUUCAUCUCAACAAACGGGUGUUCAUUAUUAAACAGAACGGUGCACCUAUUCAUAAAUACUACAGCCAACUGCAGGGCAUCUUUCAAGAAAUUGACCAUCGGAGACCCAUCCACAAGCACUGCGCCGCCGACGUGACUGAGCAUCGGACAAAACUGGAUCGUCUUCGACAGUGA